AUGGAUUUUGAAGUCACGGAUGAAUGGACCGAAUUCGUCGAAUCGGCUGAAGAAGGAAUUGUAGUAUUUACACUUGGUUCACAGGUUAACAUCGGCGAAGACAUGGAAAAGGCAACAAAGUUUGUUAGAGCGUUUGCUAGAUUGCCACAGAAAGUGAUUAUGAAAUACGUUGGGAAUCCACCAAAUGAACUUGGCGAGAACACCAAACUUAGCAGUUGGAUUCCGCAAAAUGAUCUCCUAGGUCACCCAAAUACCAAAGCAUUCAUAGGCCAUGGAGGUAUCAAUGGUGUAAACGAGGCUAUAUAUCAUGCAGUGCCUUUUAUUGGCGUGCCGAUAUACGGAGAUCAGUUUGAAAAUACUAGAAGACUGGUCGGCCAAGGGAUGGCAAUUGUUAUAGAUUUGAAAUCUUCUACAGAAGAUGAUGUCUACAAUGCUGUGAAACAAGUAAUCGAAGACCCUAGGUACAAAGAGAACGCCGCUAAAUUAUCCAGUAUCCAGAGAGAUACUCCAAUGCCUCCAGGAGAUGCAGCUGUAUUUUGGAUUGAACACAUUUUGAAGUUUGGCGGUGAUCACAUAAAACCAGCAUCCCUCCAAUUGAAUUUCCUGCAGUAUUAUCUCCUCGAUAUUGCCUUAUUUUUACUAGCCGUAGUGGCCAUUGCCAUUAUUAUCUUAAAGCAAGUGAUCAGACUAAUCUUUAAAAUUUGUUGCAAACCAACUAAUAUCAAAUUGAACAGAAAGAAGGAACAGUGA